UAUAUCAAUGAGGAACGUCUGCGGGAGCUGAUGACGACCAUGGGAGAUCGUUGGACUGACGACAAGGUGGAUGAACUCUUCCACGGCGCACCCAUCAAGGACGGUGAAUUCAACUACAGAGAAUUCACCAAGAUGAUUAUGCACGGCCAGGAUGACGAGGAACAGCCCAACGCAUAG